AUGUCGAGUAUGGAAGAAUAUCUCAAAAUAGGUAAAAACACAACAUCUGAUAUACUUACUCAACAUUUCUUCUUAUACAUUUCGCAUAUAAAACGAGCAUUAGACAAUUUCAAUCAACGUAUGGAUAAAACAAUUGUUCAGGCUUGGAUUAAUAAACUAAUGGAAAACCCUCAUCCAAAUAAUUUUAAAGCAGUUAAACGUAAUAUGUAUUUAGCACAGUUACUAAUACAUUUAUAUGAUGGAAAGUUACGAGCUCCAUUUACAAGAAUGCCAUCUAAUAAACCCUUAGAGACCUUUGACGAAUUACCGUUAUACGGGGAGCCGGAUACUGCACUUGUGGAAUACAACGUAACUCCUGAAAUAUUUAACAGAGAACUACCGUUAGAUGAACUUAAUUAUAUUUCAUCGGAUGAACGGACAUAUAUAGCUGUUCAAAGUUUAGAUGACGGUUUUACAGUAUUCGGAUAUGUAGCAGUUACCAUUGGACAUGUAGGUACAGGUCCGCUGUGGUUGAAUUCCCGAGGAGAAUCGAUUAAAAGUCCAAUUCCUACUUAUCAAGAUUUACCAGUAAGUUCUCCUUUAACAGAGAACUCACAAGAAAUUGAGCUUGAUAUAAUGGACAAGCAGGCAAGUAAAGGCCUAGACAUUUUAGUAAAAGAAAUAUGGGAUGUUUUAUCUGGACGACAUACCCCAGACGUCAGGGAACGUGCUGGUGGCUUUUAUCGCACGCUAUAUACCACUAUCAAACAAGAAAUGCUUAAUGAACAAAAUAAUCUACACUGGACCAAAUGUCAAGAUCCUUUUGUUAAACGGCUGAUAUUUUUCUUGAUGGAAGAUUUAAUGGUUGACGGUAUGCGUGACACUACGGUGUUCCGUCGAUUUAAUCAAUUAUCGAUGUUAAAAAAACGAAUCAAAGCUAUUAUAGUUGAAAUUGAAACCAGACAACGGUUUUUUAAAGAAGUCAAAAAGUCAAUAACAAUGCCUAAAAUGCAAUUAUUUUUACAUCCAUCGAUUAAUAGUUCAAGCUUUGUAUCUGAAAUUAUAUUACAAGAAGCACUUAAAAUGGGCCCAACAACUAAGGAUUUUCUCUUAACACAGUAUCCUUCCUGUGUGGUAAAAAAAUUUAAGAUAAUGAUUGUUAAUGAAAAAAAACGCAUAAUACAGUUAAUCAAAAUGCGUUUAGAUAAUGUAACAAAUGAAAUGUAUAAAGAUUUUAAAGAUUCGAUAAGACAAGGUUUGCGUGAUUAUCAAGCGGCUCGAAAUGAAUGGCUUAGGGUUUGGCAAGUAAUCAGAGAAUACGAGGAAGUAUUAAAAAUUGAAGAUUUGAAGUUGACUGCAAAUUAUAAAAAUAUCAACGAUAAAUUUUUGGAAAUAAUAAAAAAUGAAAUUGAUAUAGCGAAAAGACGUUUUAAGAACACUAAAGAAAAAACCAACAAACUUGAAAAUGACAUUUAUUUACUAAAUAAAAAGAUACAUGAACGAAAUGAAAUACUUAUAUUGGAAAAAAUGCACCUAGAAGAACAAAAAAAAAUGUAUAAAGAUGAAAUAACCAAUGAAAACAUAGAAAUACAACUAAGAAUAGUUACCAUCGAUCAUUUGAAAACUAUUAUAAAUUGA